GUGGAUGAGGAUGACGACGCGUCCACCUCGACGGCCGAGGUGGACCUGACCAGCCACAAUCGUCUCAAGAAGCUCCGCUCUAGUCGCGACGAGAAGAAGAUUUCCGUCCGGGAAUACGAGUCCAGACUUCGAGACAGAUUUACUCAAAUGAGUGGCCGACAGAACUGGGCAGAGACCAAGCCUGGGGAGGAGGACGAGACGGUUGACUCUGAAGAUGAGUUCAUCCCUAGUCUUAAUAAGGCCGCGGACCCGUCCAAGCUGGGGAUCAGACGGGUCGCCAAUGUCUCUGCUGGUCGAGGGCCGGCCGG